AGCUACUAUGAUGCUUCAGGAGUUAUGAAAGAUCUUAAUGGAGAAGAAAGGAUGGAAUUCAAGAAAAUUAUUCAGGGAAUGGCAGCAAGCAGUCUUCGGUGCAUUGCUUUCGCUCACAAACAAGUUGCAGAAACAGAGGAAGAAGAUGUGAAAGAGAAGAAAAAGCUUCAAGAAGAAAACAUGACCCUGUUGGGACUUGUGGGUAUCAAGGAUCCAUGUCGGCCAGGGGUGAAGAAGGCUGUGCACGACUGCCAGUAUGCUGGAGUGAACAUCAAGAUGAUUACUGGCGACAAUGUCUUCACAGCAAGAGCUAUUGCCACUGAAUGUGGGAUUCUCCAGCAGGGUCAGGACGUGGAUAGUGGAGCCGUCGUGGAAGGCGAGGUAUUCCGGAAUUAUACACCGGAAGAGAGGAUGGAGAAGGUGGAGAAGAUCUGCAUUAUGGCAAGAUCAUCUCCCUUUGACAAACUUCUCAUGGUGCAGUGCUUGAAACAGAAAGGGCAUGUAGUUGCAGUCACUGGAGAUGGUACCAAUGAUGCUCCAGCACUUAAAGAAGCUGACAUUGGAUUGUCAAUGGGGAUUCAGGGGACCGAAGUUGCGAAAGAGAGCUCCGAUAUUGUCAUCCUGGAUGACAAAUUCGCUUCUGUGGCCACCGUUUUGAAGUGGGGAAGAUGCGUUUACACCAACAUACAAAAAUUCAUUCAAUUCCAGCUGACAGUAAAUGUUGCUGCUCUGGUGAUCAACUUCGUGGCAGCGAUUUCUGCUGGAGAAGUUCCUUUAACGGCAGUCCAACUUUUGUGGGUGAACUUGAUCAUGGACACAUUGGGUGCUCUGGCUCUAGCUACAGAGAAGCCCACCGAGGAGCUGAUGAAGAAGCCACCUGUUGGCCGCGCAGAGCCUUUGAUUACCAAUAUCAUGUGGAGGAACCUCCUAGCUCAAGCUCUUUACCAAGUUACAGUACUUCUGACCCUGCAAUUCAAAGGAGAAUCAAUAUUUGGAGUAACUACAGCCGUGGAUGACACCUUGAUUUUCAACACUUUUGUGCUCUGCCAAGUUUUCAAUGAAUUCAACGCGAGGGAGCUGGAAAAGAAGAAUGUGUUCAAGGGUAUUCAUAAGAACAGGCUAUUUUUAGGGAUCGUCGGGAUGACCAUUGUUCUUCAAGUGGUGAUAGUGGAGUUUCUAAAGCGCUUUGCUGGUACAGAGAGAUUGAAUUGGGGGCAAUGGGGCGCCUGCAUCGCCAUGGCUGCUGUCUCUUGGCCCAUUGGCUGGAUCGUCAAGUGCAUACCGGUGCCAGAGAGACCCAUUUUCAGCUAUCUCAAAUGGAAGAAGCGCACAUAAUGCUUCAAAAAUUCAUUCAUUCUUUAAAUAUCUGCUUGCAUAUCCUAUGAUUUGUUUUAGUUUUCUCCUUUAUGUUUGGGUAGGGUAUAAUUAAUUCAUUCUUUUAAUUUCUACAUAGAUAUUCUACAUAUUUAGUCGUUUAAGUCCCAGAACUGAUCUUAAUAUACCUUGUUCCAUGAU